AUGGCUUUCACGCGUGCUCCCGUGUACCAGGUGGUCGACGGCCUGAAGUACUCCAGGGUGUACAUGCCGGAGCACGUGCGGGCUGUUCGGAGCUACAAGCCUCAAGACGGGGACCUAGUACUGGUGUCCUACCUCAAGUGCGGGAAUAACUGGCUGGAGCAGAUCAUCCAGCUUAUUCUGCACGGGGGAGAGAGUGCGCAAGACUUCGCCGAGUUUCACCGGCGGUGUCCUUAUCCGGAACUGUACGGCUUGCGCUACCUCGACGAGAUGGAGUCGCCGCGUUUCUUCAAGACACACUUUCGAUACGAGCACCAGCUGAAGAAUCCCAAAGCGAAGUUCAUAUAUUUAGCUCGGAACCCGCUGGACGUCUGCGUUUCCUUCUUCUACUACACGCUCUACGGGCCACAGUACGACUUCGAAAAUUGUAGCUUCGGUGAUUUCGUCGAGGCCUUCGUGAACGGAGAGGUGGACCACGGGGACUACUUGGAUCACCUGCUCUCCUGGUACGCCCAUCGCCACGAAGAAAACGUGUUCUUUAUAACUUUCGAAGAACUCAAACGAGAUUUCAGCGGCACCGUAAUAUCCCUGGCAGGUUUCAUGGGAGAUAAGUACAGGAAUUUACUAGAUAACGAGCCGCACGUGCUCAGGAACGUGGUGGAGAAAAGCAGUGUCUCUUUCAUGUCGAAGCUUUGUUCUAUGGAUAAAGAGGUUGUUUCAGUGCUAACCGAGAAAGACGCCCCCUUCUCGGACGCCUGUCGUCGCUUCCACGUCAUGAACCGUCGUGGGAUCAAAGGCCCGGUAAUUGUAAGAAAAGGAAUCGUUGGCGACUGGAAAGCUCACUUCGAGAAUCGUCAUCUCGAAUUUGUGCGCCAGUGGAUCGAGAAAAAAGGGGCUGUUCAAGUGAUUCGGGAGCUCUGGGGGGAUUUGGAUCUUGGUGGAAUUGUAUGA